ACCACUGAAACUCCUCCAGUGGUCUUCAUAUUCCCCCUUUUCGUUUCUUUGUUUCCUCCGCUCGCCACAUUUUACUCUUCCUCACAUUCACAUUUGCAGAAAAUGGCACUAGCUGAAUCAACACCAGUUGCAUAUGGCGUCCACCAGCUAGAACCAGUGCAGCAUCAAUCACAACAAGAAGAACCCAUCAAUGGCGAUAGUUCUGCAUCACCAUUGAACAAACAAAGCUCCAUCUUCUCACUUACUCUCGACGAAAUUCAACUCAAAAGUGGCAAGAGUUUCGGUUCCAUGAACAUGGAUGAAUUCCUCAUCAACUUAUGGAACUUUGGAGAAAAUAAUAAUCAAGUCACUUCGUCUUCGAAACCCAAACAAACCGAACCAAAUGACAACAACAACGAUAACAAUAAAAUGCUAGUCGAAAACCAGCCCACAUUGACCCGCCAAAAUUCAUUUUCCAUCCCAAUUCAACUCUGCAAGAAAACUGUAGAGGAAGUAUGGUCAGAGAUCCAAGGGGACAAUCCAUCGCAUCUAAAAAUCACUGACCAUGAACCGCCUCAGCGCCAGCAAACCUUAGGAGAGAUGACAUUGGAGGAGUUUUUGAUCAAAGCUGGAGUUGUACGAGAAGCUGUUGCAGCAGCAGUGAGACCUAGUAAUAGUAAUACCAUUGAUCAUCAUCAACCCAAUAUGGUGGCUCCGCCGACGAUGCAAAGCAGCAAUGCGAAUUUUGGGAUGGGGCCAAUGAUGGCACUAGGAUAUUCCUCUCACCAAAAUAUGGGCAGUAAUUUGUUAAUGAAUAAUUAUAUAACCUACCCUAUCUACACACCAUCGAAUAAUACUGAAAAUGAGAAGAGCCAUGGCAUGGGGGUGGAGAAUGGUUUGAAAAGCCACAAGAAGAGAAUCAUCGAUGGUCCACCGGAGGUUGUGGUCGAGCGACGGCAACGGAGAAUGAUCAAAAACCGAGAGUCUGCUGCACGAUCUCGUGCAAGGAAACAGGCUUACAGAGUAGAGCUGGAACUAGAGUUGAAUCAGCUUAGAGAAGAGAACGAAAAGCUCAAACAAAUUGUGAAGGAAUACGAGGUGCAGCGAUUACAGGAGAUUUUGAAAAGGGUGAAGGCGUCGAGAAAGGCAAGAAGGAAGGGUGAAAAUUUGAGGAGAAUGAAGAGGAGUGCGAGCGCAACAUGGUGAAUUUGAUUUGGAUCUCACAAAUAACAAUCCAUAAAACAAUGAAACUAUCUGUGCAACUUUUAUGCAUAAUUCUAUACACAAACAAUGACGUGUCAUUAUUUGAUUGGAUAUUA